AUGAACUCUCCAGCGCUCACAUUCCCUAGCCUUUCUGCCGCUGCUCCUGGCUCAGAGACCACCAUUUUCAAGAGGACAAAUGAGCUGGAUUUGGAUGCUUCUCCAGUGAUGAAGAAACCUCUCAAGCUGGAGGGUGAAGCUACUGAUGGCUCCUUUGCCAAUAAGCAUGGCUGCCAUGUCAUUGGCCACAUUGACGACUACAGUGCCCUAAGACAGCAGAUAGGGGAGGGCAAAUUGCUGGUCAAAAAGAUAGCAGCUCUUGUGAGAUUAGCCUGCCUUGAAACUCAGGGCACAGAGGUGCCGGGCAGCAAAGGCAUCCAUGAACUUGGGAGCAGCGCCCAGGCCCUGCAGCACACGCUGGACGAGUCGGCCUCCCUCCUCACCAUGUUCUGGCGAGCGGCCCUGCCCAGCUCCCCCAGCCCUGUCCUGUCUGACAGCACAGGACAGUCCCUGCAAAGGGAACUUCUAGAACUGAGAACCAGACUGUCCAGACAGGAGAGCAUCCUUCAGAGCACAGCGGAGCGUCUGACGACCGCCAACCAGCAGAAGGAAAGCAUGGAGCAGUUCAUCUUCAGUCAGUCCUGA